AUGACACGGCAACAUCUCGCUCACUCAGGGCCGGCGUCGCAAUGGCUCGAGGCCUUGCCCCUCGGCAACGGCUCCCUUGGGGCCAUGGUUUUCGGCGGGCCUCUGCGAGAACGGAUCGCGCUCAACGAAGCCACGCUGUGGUCCGGCAGCCCGCGCAACGAGCGUGAGGCGGCCAUCCCAGCCGAGGUGGCCCAGCCUGCCAUUUCCGACGCGCGAAAGGCCACUCUGGAGCGCAGGUUUGCCGACGCGACGGCUGCUGUCCAGAAGCUCCAGAGCCGAUACUCGCAGUGCUUCCUCCCCCUGGGCGACUUGGAGCUUGAGUUGAAGACUGGGGAUGGUGACAAAGUGGCCGACUAUGCCCGCGCGCUCGACCUCGACCGCGGGCUUCACACGGCCAGCUACACGCUCAACGGAGCAAAGGUUCGAUGGACGACGCUGGUCAGCCACCCGGACAACGUACUGCAGGUGGUGAUCGAGUCGGACGUCGCCGUGGACAUUAGCGCGAGCUUCAAGAGCCAGCUGAGGUCGGUUGAUCUGGUCGAGGCUUCCACCCCCCGCCGUCUGGUCCGCGCGGUCCGCGCACCGAGCGACUGCCCCCCGCCUCACGAGCCCGAGGAGGGCGUCACCUGGUCCAACGCUCCGGGCGACGCCAUGCGCGCGGCUGUCGUCGUCGGUUGGACGCACGAUGGGCAGGACGGCGAGGGUAUGUCUGCAACCGACGUGCGGAGUCUCACUCUCGUUCUCGCCGCCGCCACGACCUUCAACGGCGCGCGCGAGCUCCCCUGGUCCGACCCCGCUUCUGCCAUCGCGGCGGCAGCUGCGCGUGUCGACGCUGGGCUAGCUGCCGGCGCCGCUGCUGUCACAUCCCGCCAUGAGACAGACUACAGCGCGCUAUUCUCUCGCGUGACCCUCUCUCUGCCUGGGCGCGCGCUCGACUCGACCCUAUUCGACUACGGCCGAUACCUCCUCAUUGCCGGCUCGCGCGGCCCCAUUCCCAUGACGCUCCAGGGGCUCUGGAACCACCACCUCCGUGCGCCGUGGUCGUCAAAUUACACCACCAACAUCAACCUGCAGAUGAACUACUGGGGCGCACAUGCUGCCAGUCUCCCCGAGACGGCCGACACGCUGUUCGACUUCAUCGACGACCUGGCCGCGGCUGGAUCCGAGACGGCACGCAGGCUGUAUGGCGCCAACGGAUGGGUCGCGCACCAUAACGCUGACAUAUGGGCGUACACUUCUCCUGUGGGCCUGGGUCGUGCUUCCCCGCAGUGGGCAUUCUGGCCGUUCGCCGGCGCGUGGUUGUGCUUCGCGCUUGUCGAGCAUGUGCGCCACGGUGCCAGCCCCGAGUUUGUUAAGACUCGUGCUCUGCCUGCAAUCCGGGGCGCGAUGUCCUUCCUGCUCGACUGGGUGGUUGUCGUCGACGGUGUGGCGACCACAGCGCCAUCCACGUCGCCAGAAAACACAUUCAUCCCCGACGGCUCCGAACAGUCAUUUGCAGUCGGCCGGUCGUCGACCUGUGACCUGGCGCUGACGGCCGAGCUCGGCCAAGCGCUGUUGGACCUCACGGCAGCGGUUGGGCUGCCUGACGAUGAAGUGACAAUGUCGACACGCAAGCUGUUGCCUACCAUCCCCAAGGCUGUGGCGGGCCGCGACGGCCUCGUGCCCGAGUGGGCCGAUGACGACCCACAGGCCGAGCCGCUGCACCGGCACAUCUCCCACCUCGUCGGCCUGUACCCCGGCACGACGCUGCGCGAGCCCGAACAACUCAAGGCUGCUGCUGCGAGCCUCGAUGACCGAGGGGACGACUCGACGGGCUGGUCAUUGGUUUGGAAGCUCGCCGCCCGCGCGAGGCUACGCGACAAUGCCGCUGUCGACCGACUCCUCGAGCUCAUCUUCCGCGACGCCGACAUGGAGGAGGGUGACGAAGACUUUGAGCAGCGCGGCGGCCUGUACCCCAACCUGUUCUCGGCUCACCCUCCAUUCCAAAUCGAUGGCAACCUGGGAUAUGUGGCCGGAGUCGCCGAGGUGCUCGUUCAGAGCCAUGAGGACGGCAUCAUUGUCCUUGCAGCAGCACUACCAGCAGCCUGGCCCAGUGGAAGCGUCAAGGGACUGGUGGCUCGCCCGGGGGUCACCGUUGACUUGGCAUGGGAGGCAGGGAAGCUGGUCGAGGCUAGCCUUUCAGCUCAGUCCGAUGCUGCCCGUCGCCAACUGCAGGUGCAGUAUGGCAGCGCUAGAGCGAGUGUGGACCUCGGCGCAGGUCCUGUCACCCUUCGCGUCGCCGACUUUGCAUGA